AUGGCAAGCUCACAUCCUCGCCCUAAACGGGCUGGCGAAGAUUUUACUCGCACCCAUCACUCCCAAGAUGACCUCGAAGGCCCAGAAAGCAAGAAACCCCGAUUCGACCUUCGCAACCCCUCCGCGCUAGCGCCCGACACGCUCGACGAAGAUCAGUUCCUAGACGCCGACGAGAUCGGAAAACGAGGCCAGAAAGUGCGUCGCAAAGCUGUCAACAUUGAUGGCUACGAUUCGGACAGCGAGAAUGAGGGGUUCUCCGCACGCAUAGAAGAAAAGUCGAAGCGCAAGCGCGAGAAGCAUGACGCCGAGGACGACGAUAUGUUCGCCGAGCUGCAGGAGGACUUUGGGGAGGAAGAAAUCGACGCCGACGAGGCAAUGCGCAAGAACAAGAAGAAUGUCCGUUUCUUGCGAGAUGAUGAGAUUGAGGGUCAAGUUGCAUCCUCAAAGAGUGGAAGAGCAUUGCAUGCGGAUUUGAGCAAAGGCGCCGACGAAAUCGAUCUCGAAGAAGAUGAAGAAAGUGGAAGCGACGUUGGAGAGGAGGAGCGCGCCAGGAUCGACAACGAAUUGGACGAGGAGCUCGGUGCGGGCGCGAAGAAAAAGAACGCACCUUUGCUCGAUGCUUUCAACAUGAGCGCCGAGCAGGAGGAAGGUCGGUUUGACGACCAGGGCAAUUUCGUUCGCAAAGCUGUUGAUCCAGAUGCCGUGUAUGAUACUUGGCUGGAUGGGGUUUCGAAGAAAGAUAUCCGAAUGGCAAGAGAAGCCGCUGAGAAGCGCGACGAGGAGAGGAAGGAAAAGGAUCGCAUGAACGACAGUGUUCUGACAGCAGAUGCCUUGACAACUAUCAUCACACAUCUUAAGCGUGGUGAGACGAUACUGGAAGCUUUGGCUCGAUUAGGGAAAGGGCUCCAACGAAAGCCGAAGUGGCAGAACAAGAAGAAAAACAAAAAGAACGAUGCUACGGAAGACACCGAAAUGACAGAUGAGAAUCCUGACGAGGCCAACAGGAGGCAGGCGAUCGAUACCCUGACCGGUGCUGCGGACAUCCUCAUGGGCCGGGGACAACCUGAAAUCUACGACACGGAGCGCGAGCUGUUGACUCGACAAUACCGCACUGAGACGGGCGAGAGCUGGGUCGAUCCACCAGCUAUUUCAGACAACGGCGAAACCGAGCCAGGACCUACGAUGUGGGAAUUUCGGUGGGCCGAUGCUCGCGACGGCGGCGAUCCCCAUGGCCCUUACGAUAGCGCCAUGAUGGAAUCAUGGAAAGGUGCUGGCUAUUUUGGCGAAGGCGUGGAAUUCCGCCGAGUCGGAGAUACAGGACCAUGGAGUCAAGCAGUGAGCUUUGUGUAA